AAACGUUUUUUUCAUUUCAACGAAGAAAACCUUACGUGGAGAUCCUCGAUAUAAUAUGUUCCGCAUCACUAUGGCUCUUAGUACAUUUUGACAUUCUGGAUUUUUGGUGGUCUCGUCGAGAUAGAGUAUGUGGGAAAAAUCAUUGUUUGUUAGUAAUUAGGCAGGUGUUAUUUAUCGUGGAUAAUGUUAUAAUAUGUUAGUCAUUAUUGAUUUAAUAUCAAAUUGUAGUUUGUCUGCAUUCACUCGGUGUUCGUCUGUCGAGCGUGCCAUUCAUAGAUUUCUCAGAUAGAUCUGUGCACAGAGGGGAAGAUGACGGUUUUGAUCUACAAUAGUGAUAUUAUUUCCGCAUAAUUGUGUUUAUUAUUCACGAUGACUACUACUACGAGAUCUGCUAAAGUUAGUUUGAAGCCGAUUGAAGUGCCGAAGGCUUUACAGGAGGGAGAGAAGUUCAUCAAGUGGGAUGAGGACUCAGGCACAGGUCUGCCGGUCACCCUGCGGGUGGACCCCAAAGGGUUCUACUUAUACUGGACAGACCAGAAUAUGGAAGUGGAAAUGCUGGACAUAGCUACCAUCAGGGAUGUCCGCACUGGAGUACAUGCUAAAGUUCCAAAGGAUCCCAAAAUACGUAAUGUAGUGCUGAUUGGGUCUCAAGGAUCUCUAGAGGAAAAAACUGUCACCGUGUGUCAUGGCGCCGAUUUCGUGAAUGUGAUGUUCAUCAAUUUCUGCUGCACUAGAAAGGAAAUUGCACAGCUGUGGACGGAGGGGCUGUUUGCGCUGGCGUACAACCUGAACCAGCUCAACAACCCCACGAUCAAGUUCCUCGAGAAGUUACACACCAAGAUCUCUCUCAAAGCUGACAAGUCGGGGAAAAUACUCGUCAAAAACAUCGUGAAACUGCUGGCACAGAAUAAAGAAGAUAAGAAACGCGUGGAGAAGGCACUCAGUGAGUCAGGCCUGCCGACGGGCAAGAAUGACACCAUCAGCCAAUCCAAGUUCCAGUUCGAAGACUUCUUCGCUUUCUACAAGAACCUCACGCAACGGACUGAAGUCCAGAAGAUAUUCAACAAUCUGACGGAUGGGAAGCCGCAUCUAUCGGCCAAUCAGCUGGUGGACUUUCUAAACGAAGUGCAGAGAGAUCCCCGGCUGAAUGAGAUCCUGCACCCGUACGCGGACAUCCAGCGCGCCAAGGACCUCAUCAAAACGUACGAACACAACAAGUACCACCAGCAAAGGUCACAGCUCACAUUCGACGGAUUUUUAAGGUUUCUAAUGUCUGAGGACAACCCGAUCGUGGCGCCGAGUAAGAUGGACCUCUGUGACGACAUGGAACAGCCUCUAGCGCAUUACUUCAUCAACAGCUCGCACAACACCUACCUCACUGGACACCAGAUCACGGGCAAGUCCAGCGUCGAAAUAUAUCGCCAGAGUCUGCUGGCUGGAUGCAGAUGUGUAGAGUUGGAUUUCUGGAACGGGCGCACGGACGAGCCUGUGAUCGUGCACGGGUACACUUUCGUCCCAGAAAUCAGUGCCAAGGAGGUACUGGAAGCGAUAGCAGAGAGUGCCUUCAAGACGUCCGACUACCCUGUGAUACUCAGCUUCGAGAACCAUUGCAACCCUCGGCAGCAAGCCAAGAUUGCGAACUACUGCAGGGAGAUAUUCGGCGAUAUGUUGCUUGAUAAACCGCUCGAUUCCCAUCAAUUGGAACCGGGAGGGGAAUUGCCGCCACCAUCCCUGUUGCGCCAUAAGAUUAUAAUUAAGAACAAGAAGAAGCAUCAUCACCACCACAAGAAGGAAGAUUCGAUAGCUUCAGAGGAGAGCGAGCCAAGACCUGAGGUACCGCAGGGUAAUGGCGAUGUCACCACUGCCACGCUGACCCGGCAAGGGUCGUCGGAGUCGUCGGACUCGGAGAGCUCGUCGGGCGAGGAGGAGGCGGGCGGCGCGGACAGCGCGGUGGGCGAGGACGCGCGGGAGACGCACGCGGGCGCAGAGAUCUCCGCGCUCGUCAACUACGUGCAGCCCGUGCACUUCAGCUCCUUCGAGAACUCUGAGAGUCGGGGAGGACGGCCUCGGACCCACGCCGCCGCAGAAAUCUCUGCCAUUGUCAACUACGUGCAACCUGUACACUUCAGCUCCUUCGAGAAUGCGGACAAAAAGAACCGUUUCUACGAGAUGUCUUCGUUUGACGAGAAGCAAGCGACCACGCUGCUGAAGGAGCGGCCCAUCGAGUUCGUCAACUACAACAAGCACCAACUGUCGCGCGUCUACCCCGCCGGGACCAGGUUCGACUCGUCCAACUUUAUGCCGCAGGUAUUCUGGAACGCCGGCUGCCAACUGGUGGCCCUCAACUACCAAACGCUAGACCUGGCGAUGCAGCUUAACUUGGGCACCUAUGAAUACAACCGACGAUGUGGGUAUCUAUUGAAGCCGGAGUUUAUGCGGAGAAAGGACCGCCGUCUAGAUCCGUUCGCAGAGAGUACAGUGGACGGUAUAAUAGCGGGGACACUAUCGGUGACCGUGCUGUCGGGCCAGCUACUGACGGACAAGCGAUGUGGGACCUUCGUGGAGGUCGACAUGUUCGGGCUGCCGGCCGACACCGUGCGGAAGAAGUUCCGCACCAGAGUCGCACCCAAUAAUGGCAUCAAUCCUGUCUAUGGAGAAGAGCCGUUUGUAUUUAAAAAGGUGGUGCUGCCGGAGCUGGCCAUGCUGCGCAUCGCGGCGCACGAGGAGGGCGGGCGCCUGCUGGGCCACCGCGUGCUGCCCGUGCUGGGGCUGUGCCCCGGGUACCGCUCCGUCAACCUGCGCACCGAGCUCGGCCUGCCGCUGCCCGCCUCGCUGCUGCUGCUCGUCGUCGUCAAGGACUACGUGCCGGACCGGCUGUCGGAGCUGGCGGAGGCGCUGGCCAACCCCAUCAAGUACCAGAGCGAGCUGGACAAGCGCGAGCAGCAGCUGGCGCGCCUCACCGAGGACACCGACGUGCCCAGCGACGUCGCGCCGCCGCGCCCGCGCCGCGCCGCGCCAGACCCAGCGCCGCUACCCAUUAAACUAGAUGACGCUCCGGACGGCAGCCCCGCUAAGGAAGCCAUGAUGGAGACCAGGAAGUUGAUUGAAAGCGAGAGCAUACCUCCACCUGUACCUACCAACGAUAAAAAUUGUCUAGAUGCGGACGGAAAAACAAAUGGCACGUCAGAUGAAUCGUUGGCUGAAACGUUGGAGGCUCUGCUAUCGAUGAAAGUGGUCCGUGAGAAACAGGCGGAGUUGGCGAGGAAACUCGAUGCCUUGCGACGCAAGUUCGACAAAGAGAAGAAACCACCCACCUCCAAGUUCUACGUCAGCAAUAAACUUGUUAAAAGACUGUCGUCGAAAAAUAUGAGCAGCGAGGGCGGCGCGGCGGGCGGCGAGGAGGCGGAGUUCCUGUCGCUGGAGCGCGCGCUGCGCCUGAAGUGCCACCACGCCGUGUACGCCGCGCUGGAGAAACAUGUCCGCAGCGACCAGCACCAACAGAUGAAGGCACUCUCCGAUUCGUUGGAAGCAGACAAGAAGGAAAUUCUAAACAGGCUGGCGAAUUCGCGGAAGGAGGACGUAAAAGCAUUAGCAAAGAAAACCAACAGGGAUAAGGAUGAAAUAAAUAGAAUAAAGCGAGAGAUACACUCACAGUCGGUGGAGCGCGGCGUGGCGGAGUGUUGUCGGCUGGAGCAGAAGUACGCGGCGCGGCGCGAGCAGCUCGCGCGGACCCACGACAAGCUGCUGCAGCUGCUCAUCAAGCACCGCGACCAGGAGUUGCUGGAGUUGGAGCGCAUGUGCGGCGGGGCGCCGGAGGGCUAGUGUCGGGGUGUCGGCCAGUGUCUCGGCGUGUCUCUGUGCCCGAGUUAUUUUCAUUUAGGAAUCUGUGAUAUUAUCGCCUAAGGAGCAAACAGUAGGAGCGGCCGGCGCACGUCCGGCCCGCGCGACUCCGGCUCGUGACUCGACAGUAUUGUUCUCUACGUUUGCAAUCUCAUAGUUUUAGUUGCGCUCGCGUCGCUCAGCUCCGACACCGGGUGGCGCGAAUGUUUCUCGUUUGUCGUUACGAUGGACCUCGUGCCGUAGCUAGGUUAUCGUAACUCGCGUGUCUUGGGAAUGUUGGUAUUACUGCAUUUAUUGAAUUAGUCGAUGCGGGUUGCAUGGUGAACGCUUCCGACGCCCUAGUCAUGGCGGCCGUGCGGGCUGCGGUUGCAUGUCGCAUGCCACUACCGAGUUGUUAACUUAUACAUAUCUAAUGCACAACAAACUGCUCUCAGUGGGUAAUUUAUCUCCUAAUUAUUUCCUACAUCUUCCUAAAUAGAUCUUCCUUUUAAACAUGUUUGUCAUGUAGCUAAUAAUAAUAAUGUUUAAUCCCGUAUUUUAUAAAAUUAAAAAUUAUUAUGAAAUUCAUUCUUAUGAUGGUUAUUCCAAUAUUUUCUGGUUAGUGAACGCGUUUCUAGCGAAGAGUUUAAACUUUAUUUGUAAUAUUCAACAAGUUGAAGUUUAAUAAAUGAUUUAUUGGAAUAGUAAUAAACUUGUCUAAUGCACUCGUUACAGUUUAGGUACGAACAUAACACAUCACGUGCGUUUUGCUGAUUGUCACAAAUAUAUAUUAAUAUAAUGAUUAACGUGAGUUUAUAUAACAUUUGCGUAGUAUAUAUGAGUAUCGUAAUAUUAUAUUAUGUAUAUUGGCUUGUUUGCAUUGUUUAAUCGUACUAACAGAUGUGAGUAACAGUAGGUUGUAGAUUAACAUUCCAUUUUCGCUUAGUCAUUAAACGCCAAUAAUGUUUAGGUAGUAGUAAUAAAUGGGCCAUUGCACUGAUAUCCGAUGUAGUGGUGAAACUCCAAAUAUGUUUAGUCAGUAACUAAAGACAAGCUUCAGACACAACUACGAUAGACAAUACAAUAUUUAGACUAUAGAUGUAGUUACAGUAGUGCACGAGUGUCUCCAGUCUAGGUAGCAAUAGUUGAUACUAAGGAAACCAAAUACAAACAAGUAAUAUUGCGUACUGUUUACUCCAACGUUUCAUACAAGACUAACUCAAACUUCCAAACUAAUUAGCACAGCGUGUGGCCCUCAAGUACCUUCUCCAAUAUACUUAAAGAUUCAUUAAUGUGCCAAUAGCAACACCAUCUAAGAUAUUUAAGUUACAAUUCACUGCCAAUAGAGUUAUCAGAGGCUUGUGUCGUUUAGUAUAAAUCAGCCUUAGACAAGCGCCUCGAGUAGUUGUUAGCAACGAACCAUUUGUUCCAAAAACCAUAAAAUAUACUUCCAAUCGUAAAUUAAGAGUAAAACAAUUGGAGUACAACAACUUUAUAAACUGAUUAAAUAGAAAUGUUUCGUUAAAGAAGUCCUAUACCAUUGGGAUAGACACCGCAUCGAGUGCGACUUCUUUAGCGGAACGUAAUGUAAAAGUACGAGUAAUACGGGUUUUAUUUAUAAUAAUAACGUGAUUUAUAUUUCAAUGGUGCUUUCUCAUAGGCUCAAAGUACUUAAUGUUACUGAUUACCACUUACGGUAGUGUAAGACUUUUGAAUCGUCACAAUAUCGUUUCAUUUGAAAAUAGAUUAGAUACAAGACUAUAGCGACACUUCUCAAAUAUUAAUCUUCUCCGUAGUGGUUUAAUGUUAAUGUAUAAUUUCAGCGAGUUGUUCAGUAAGUACCAGCAAUAAUAUAGUGUUUACAUCCGUCUCCUCUAAACGAAACUUGCAAUAAAUAAUGUUAAAUGAUAUUCACUACUUUACAUAGAUUUAAGGCGAGUGUUCAUUUGGAUACAUUUUCUUAGAGAACGAAAUGAUUGUCGUUUCUUUAUGUCAUUAGUUGAAGGAAAGUGUCCGAAGUGAGUACUAGUUGUAAGUAAAUAGUGCAAUAUUAACUUAUGACUCGGCUGUCGCUAAAAUACUGACUUAUGCACUCUCCGUACCGUUUAAGUGAGGUGUAGUUGCCAAAUUUAAAUUCGAUAGAUUUAAAGUUACGGCAAUACGAUGUACAGUUUUGUCUUAAUCGAUUCUCGUAUUUUAGACAGUUUAUCGAUAUUAAGAUUUAUUUCCAAUCGUAAAGUAUUUGACUUGCCGUGUUGUAUUUGUUAUUUCUAAAAGUUCGUCUUGCCGUCGACGAUUUAUUUACUAUUGAGAUUCUAUCAAAUGAGAAAUGGUUUUGAAUAUAAUAUUUUUAGAAAUUCUAUUAUUUCUUAAGUAUGGUCUCGACGAGAGUGGCCAUUACUUUUAUGAUGAUCCAAAUAAUUUCUUGCACAAAUUCCUAGUUAUUGUAUGCCAGUGCCAUGAAUGUAAUGAGUUUUUGUCCCUUCGUAUUUGUUAACUUUUUAAUACAUUUUUAUCGUUAAAAUAUAAAUGUUAAAAGUGUUGGGAUUAUUUGUGACUGACUUGUUUAUGUAAAGCAUGAGUCAUUACUCACGUCUUUCAAUUGCCAGCGAUGACAAAGUAAGACCUGGGUACUUGUGUAGUAUGUGACGUCACAAAUAAUCUUGAUUUAAACAAGAAAGUAAAACAUGGAAACAGGGAACCUCUUACUAUCUCUUGACUAUAUUUAUGUAUCUGUAUUUGCUAUGAAGUAUGUACUUGACACAAUAGUUGAUAAACUUAACAUAGAGGCGUGUGAGCUGAUAUCAAUGUGUUUAGGUAUAAUAAUAGUAAUAUAAUGUAAUGGAAUUAUUAUAGAUUCCCGUCGGAAACUUGUGAUGCUUAGGUUUGUAAAGUUAGGCACUUCCCUGGUAGCGUCGAGAUGGAUGGUUGCUAUGGUUGCGUGCGAGGUAGCUCGGACUAGUACUCGUUAGAUCGACACGACCUCAUGAGCUUAAUAUGCGGUGUCACAUCGCCCUGUAUCAAUAAACGUUACGUUAAUAUACACAAAUGUGAGCUGUACGUUGUUUUGUAAGUUGAAUCUGUAGUUUAGAUUCAGUGGUAAAUACAAAAUGUAUUUCUGUUAGGUACCGGCAGUAGGCGCGUGCCACGUGGAAGUAUAGACUAGGGUCGACCCUACACAAUCGCAAUAAGGAACGUACUCGUUGUAGUGUUGUACGUGUGUGAGUGGACAGUGACGCGGCUUUAGUAAGUGGCCUUCCUCGUUCGUAGUGUCCGCGGUAUGUCGCGGUGUGUCGCGGUAUGUCGCGGUGUGUCGCGGUGUGUCGCGACGUGUCGCGGCGUGUCGCGGUGUGUCGCGGUAUGUCGCGGUGUGUCGCGGUGUGUCGCGAUGUGUCGCGGUGUGUCGCGGUGUGUCGCGGUAUGUCGCGGUGUGUCGCAGUAUGUCGCGGUGUGUCGCAGCGACUAGUGUGCGCCCGGUCUCUACUGAGCCGGGGUCUGGGGCCACGCACAAUCUGUUGAGUGUGGUUGAGGUUUUUGGCGAAUAUUUGAAUUUAUCAGCUCGAUUUUAACGUUUCCCCGACGUCCACGACUAAAUUUUAAUAAGUAUAUCUCUUCUAAUGACCCGUUUUUGGCAUUGUUAUUCCCGUUCGUUGAUACAAAUGAUUGAAUUAGCUAGUAGAUAGAAUAAUAUCAGUGUAACGUGUAGAUUACGGAUGUUUAAAGUGAAACACGACUUGUUCUUGCCUUGUGUAAUUAAAUUAUUGUCUCUAGGUAAGAUGUAGUCACGUAUGUUCUGUACUAGAACCACAGCAGUUCCGCACUCGUAAUGUCCUUUAUUUCACAAGAAGGCCUAAGCUUCCCUUCAGUUUGGACUUCAAUGAUUGUUCUCAAUGGUUCAUGUAUUUUUCGAUUUGUCUUUGUCUACCUUUGUGAAGUGUAAUCUCUCUAUGCUCGGGUACGAUGACUGCCCCAAAAUUGCCCCAAUAUUUUUAUAUACAAUAUUUAUUGGCUAUUUAAGGAUAUAUUAAUAUAUUUUAUUCUAUAUUAUCAAUCCUGCUUAAAUAUUUAUUUGUGUAGUGUAUCGCUGUGGUCCCCGUGUUUGGCUACAUUGUAAUAAUAUUGAUAAAUUAUUAAAGUUCGUGUGAUUCUGCCAACUAGAUGUUAAGGAGUUAUCUUGUAGCGUGUAAUAGUUCCCGACUGCAGCUUCGACAGCGCGAUGUAUGGCGGAGUGUCUCCGCGCGAUGUUCUCGAGUGUUACUCUAUGAUAGUCUUUAAGGAAACUCGUAUACUUGUUACAUUUUUAUAUUGACUAUUUAUUUUUUAAAGAGUUAUCUGAUUAUGUAUAUUCUAUAUUUAUAUUUCUAGACUAUUCUAUUACUAUAUUACGAGAGAAGUAAGAUCGUAAGCUAAGCUGCGAUGUGUAUAUUUCCGAGUUUAAUCUGCAUUGUCUUGCUUUUGCGGGUUUGUGUGUUUAGUGGGGUGAUGGUCGUUAGUGGUCAGUAGACGAGGCAGCUGGGCGUGACGUCAGAGGGCGCCACUGAGCUUGUGUCAUCAUUAUGUCGCAUUCAGUUGUACGCUUCUCUCGCGUUACCAUUUGAAAUUGAUUUCCUCAGUAGCUAGUAACGUUCCGUACUCCGUGUGUAAUGUGUUCCACUCUCCUUGUUUGCUCACUCUAACUGAAUCUACUCUCAUCGUUCCUUCCUGCUUCUGUAUGUUACAGAUUUUCGAUUCUUUACAUUGUCGACUUUUAGAAAACUUUACAUAGAUGAUGCAGUUGCUGUGUAUUUUUUUCAACUCUGUAUUCUAUUCGACUAUACAUAAGACUCAAUGUUGUCUAUUUUGCUUUUAGCUUGUUCUUCCAUAUUUUACGCAGAUAUCAGACUAAUGUAUAUUUUUCAAACCAAUUUUAGAAUCUAUAUUUUUGAUGUUGUUUCCUACAUGUUUACAAAUUUUAAUUAAUCUACUAUAUAGUUUAGAUUAUGUCUUCUUCGCGUUAUGGGGUCUGCCGUUAUAAAAUGUAAUGUACCUAGCUAGUUACUAAGUAUAGGUAUGUACUACGACUCUGCUUGAAAUGUUUUGUUUGGGAUAACAAACAUAGUUGGAUCCGUGACAGAACACCCUGUGUAGCUAAUUAAAAAAAAUUUAGUAAAUUGUAAACUCGUAUGAAUCUACAUUCAGUUUUAAUAACUUUGUCUAAUAAUAAUAAUAAUUUUGACAUUCAAAUACAUGUACCAAAUGAUAAUACAGUGCGUAUUAUUAUUUUUAUAUGUUCUAACAACCAACCUCCAUUGACUAGGUACUUAUCAAUACACAUAGUCUACCACAAACAUUUUCAAGCGGAGUACAAAGUGAUCGGCACAUUUCUUAUGAUCUACUUAUUAAGCGUCGUUAGCGACGGGUUGUGAAUAUAUUGCGAGGUAGUUGUAAAUGUUCGACAUUCGGAGCUGCAGUAGGUGCCUCUUAGUUAUCUGUCACUUCCCCGUAGGGAGCCGUCGGGCGCUGACGUGUGAACAAGCCUUGCAGUAUCAUUUUCACGACUGAUAAAUAAUCAUGCUGUUUCCAGAUUUAAUUUAUUUGCUAUUGGCUAACCAAUUCGGAGCACGCUCAGUGCACAAAUAUUCUCAAUAAGGAACCGGGUUAUAGACUUUCAGUGAUCUUUGAACAUAUUAUAAAGCCAUUUAGGUUCUUUCAUCUCGAUUCUAUUAAACAAUUAACCAAUUUCGUAUUGACUGUUCAUUGUAUUCUAAAAUCACAAUAAGACACGUUUACCUAAAGUAUGAGCAGUAAUAUAAAACUACUGAUUGAUUGAAAUUAUCGUAAAUUCUACUUUAUUUGAGGAUUCGUGAAGGAUGAUAUGUAAGUGUUAGUAAAAAUAGGAAUCCCAUUGCAUAUUGCUUUACUGAUUACAUCUCGUAUUGGUUUGGAUUUUUAAGAACAUUUGUCGCGUUGCUGCGAAGACUUUGCAUUUCCUUUCUCUUUGAUAUCAAACGCUGAACUUAAUUCGGUGAUUUGUCUCAAAUACCAAACGUUUAACGUCUAGAUUCGUUGAUUAGAAUUCCAUAGUUAAAUACGAGACAUAAUGAGUAAAUCACUAUUAUUUAUAAAGUUUUUAAUGAUCAUUAUUGUGUUAUAAGUAUUCUUUAAAUAAGCUCUAAUUUCAUCCUUAGACGAUUCUCCUAUACAGUUUCUAUUACCUACAUAUGUAUGUGUCGGAUCGACAUUAAAGUUGGCUCAUACAGCUCAUUACUAAUUAAUUUUAAAAGCAUGCUAAAGCAUUUUAUUAACAUUAUUAUUUUAAUUAAAUAAGUGAUUCAUAACAGCUAUAAUACCAUUAUUAUUGUUCGUUAUAAGAUUCAGUGAUAUUUUGCGUUUCGUCAGCUAAAUAUAUUUAAUAUGUUUUCAAGUUAUCGACAAUGAAUUGAAAUUUUAUUUACACUAGAUACGUGCACAAUAAUAGAUGUUGUGUAAAAAAUUGAAAUUUAAUUAUAGUAAGCUUCCAAUUGGUUUGCAAAAUAAUUUAAAAUUAUUUUUCGAACCGCACAUGAUUUGUUGAGACAAGUCAUGUUUUAUUUUCGAAAUAUUUAAGACAGUUAAUUGUAGAUUAGUUUGUGUUAUAUUUUUAAUUGUAUUUACGAAGCGUUUUCAUCAUUCAAAUGUUAUUUUUUUAAAUAUAACCGACUGAAAAGUGUUGCGGGCAUUUUUAAGUAACCAUAGAGAAUGUGUGAGUAUAGAGUAUAAUUGCAUAUAAAAAGGAUGUUUUAAAUUGAUGUUGAUGUUGUUGUUUUUGUUGAUUUAAUAGUUUUUUUUUUCUAGAUUUAGUAGCACUUUUUGAAUCUUAGCAAAGAUCUGUUUAUAUUAAGUUUAUUUUGUAAAUCGUGUGCCAGAAAAUGAUAUCAGUAAAAUAUAGUAAUUUUAAGGCGUGGUUUGCGAAGUGAAUUAGAUCUGAAGCUCAUUUUUAAAUGACUAAUUAACAAGCCGAUAUUACCUAGUAUUCGUUAAACCCGCCUUAAGUACUAUUUUAGUUAUUUAUUGUAGAGUUUUAUUUGGAAGGUUGUCAACAGUUUUUGUAAUGGAGCAUUUGAUUGUUUCGAUAUUUACGUGUCAUACAUUCAUGUAGGUAAAUCGAUUAGAGGUGAUGUUACGUUCAACAGGCAUUCAAAGUAUUGUUAGAUCUGUUAACUACUCGAAAUUGAGCACUAAAAUGUUCGCAUUUACUGUACACAAAAUGAAGAAAUAAUAAUUUAUAUAAUGAUAUAGUUUUUUGCCACCAUUUCAUACUACAUGACCUUUUUUCUACAGUGGCGCCGCCUACUGAGCGCAAAAUUCUAUACUUUGUCGAAAUCUUUGUGUUAUAGUAAAUACCUAACUUAUUUUCUUGAUAUCUUGUAAUGUUUUUGAAAGUAACGUCGACCAAUAUCGAGAUUGUAUUUUGUACUUACGGUACUGCAACAGUGUUGAUACGUAAAGUUGUCAGGGCGGCUUCACUCUCUAUAGAUCUAGUCAUUUUUAAUUCCUCCGUGUUGUAUCUAUACAUAAACAAGUAUGCCUGUAUAUGGGUAGACAAUAUAAUAAUAAUCAAUAUGAAUGUUAAACAUAAUAUAUAGGUGAAACUUAUAUCUAUUAAAUUGAUGUCUGUUCUA